UCGGGAUGCAAAGUGAAAGCCGAUAAGAGACAACACAUUCAAAGAUAUGGCUUCCUCCCUGAAUGAAAGCCAAUUCCAGUGCUCCAUCUGUCUAGAGUUGUUCACUGACCCAGUUUCCACUCCAUGUGGCCACAACUUCUGUAAGAAUUGUAUCGGGGGGUAUUGGGAUAUCAGUGACCUGUGCCAGUGUCCUUUGUGUAAGGAGACAUUUUACAGAAGGCCUGAGCUUCGAAUCAACACGUCGUUCAGAGAAGUUGUUGAUCAUUUUAGGAAUAUGAGAGUUCAUGAAGGGUGCAUUGCUGCAACUGGAGAAGUGGCCUGUGACAUAUGCUCUGGGAGGAAGCUCAAGGCCCUGAAGUCCUGCCUGGUGUGUCUGACCUCUUACUGUGAGAUUCACCUGGAGCCUCAUCAGAGAGUGGUGAAUCUGAAGAGACACAAGCUGAUUGACCCUGUGGAGAACCUGGAGGACAGGAUGUGCAAGAAGCAUGAUAGGCUGCUGGAGCUGUUCUGUAGGAGCGACCAGACAUGUGUGUGUCAGUUUUGUGCUGAGACAGACCACAAACAUCACCACACUGUGCCACUACAAACAGAAUCGCAACUAAAGAUGGCUCUUAUUCAGAGGUCAAAGGCGGAUGUGCAGCAGAUGAUCCAAGACCGGCAGCUGAAGGUGGAGGAGAUCAACGCUUCAGUGAAGUUAAGUAGAGACAAUGCAGAGAGUGAAAUAGUGGACAGUGUUGAAGUCUUCACUGCACUGAUGCGAUCUAUUGAGUCAAGCCAGGCUGAACUCAUAGAGGUGAUUAAGGAGAAGCAGAAAUCAGCAGAAAGGCAGGCAGAAGGGCUCAACAAUGACCUGGAGCAGGAAAUCACUGAGCUACAGAGGAGAAGUACUGAGCUGGAGCAGCUCUCACACACUGAGGACCAUCUCGACCUUCUACAGCGCUUUUACAAGCAAACUACCCUUCCAAAAUAUAAAAGCUGGACUAAUGUUGCUGUUUAUCAAGUCAACUUCUUGGGCUGUGUUCGAAAUACAGUGCUUCAAGUGAAAGACUCCACCGAAGACCAAAUAAGAAAGUUGUCAGCUAUUGAACUGAAAGAGAUGCAGAAAUAUGCAGUGGACGUGACGAUGGACCCCAACACUGCAGGCCCAUGGCUUAUCCUCUCUAAUGAUGGAAAACAAGUGAGAAAAUCGCCAAGGAAAUUGAAGGUCCCAGGUAAUCCUGAGAGAUUCACUGAGGAUGUCUGUAUCCUGGCCAAACAAGGGUACAACUAUGGGAAACAUUAUUGGGAAGUUGGGUUACAGGAGAAAUCAAACUGGGUUAUAGGAGUAGCUUGUGAGACAGUGCCUAGGAAGGAAUUCAUUUCACCUGAGCCUGAGAAAGGGUUAUGGACUCUGUGUCACAGGGAUGGCAAGGAAUAUCUGGCGUUCACAAAAAUUCCACGCCUUAUUUUACCUUUUCCCCGACCCCAGAAAGUCGGUGUCUUUCUGGAUUAUAAGGAAGGGCAAGUGGCAUUCUUUGAUGUUGAUGCAAAGUCUCACCUAUUCACUUACACAGGGUGCAAAUUCUCAGAGAAAAUCUUUCCCAUAUUUGAUCCUUGUCUUACUGCAGAAAGAAAAGAAGAUCUUCCUCUCAUGAUUACUAUGGUGCAGGUAAAUUAGUGGCAGUACACUCCAUGCAUAGUGUAGCUCCAGCUACAAUGUACUGUAUAUGCUUCAACCGUAGAAAUUAGAUGGGCACGGUCAAAUGUUCCCAUCUUUCACUCUCAUUUGGAAUAGAGGCAUCUACGCAAUGGGGGACAUAGGACGUGGACUCAUUUCAACUAUAGUUUACUUUGGGGGUCUGAAACUUUUAUUUAUUGUAAUACAUUUAGCAAAUACCUUGAUUAUAUUUACCUUCCUUAUUGUGACAAAAUGAAAUGUAAUCCUAAUUAUUCUAAUAUCUAUUUUUGAAAUGUACGGUUUAUCAAAUGGAAAUACUGUAUUUCAAAUCAAACUUUAUUUGCCACAUGCACCGAAUACAAAAGAUGUAGACUUUACCAUGAAAUGCUGACUUACAAGCCCUUGACCAACAGUGUAGACUUUACCAUUAAAUGCUGACUGACAAGCCCUUAACCAACAGUGUAGACUUUACCAUGAAAUGCUGACUGACAAGCCCUUAACCAACAGUGCAGUUCAAGAAGAAGAAACUUUUAUUUUAGCCUACUUGGUACAUAUUAACACAAAAAGAAUAACGAUUUUUAUUUGUAUCGGUGUGCAUAGUAUCUACUGUUGAAAUCGGAAGUUUACAUACACUUAGGUCGGAGUCAUUAAAACUCAUUUUCAACCACUCCACACAAAUGUCUUGUCAACAAACUAUAGUUUUGGCAAGUUGGUUAGGGCUUCUACUUUGUG